GCCACUUCCGCGGCCAUCGCUUUGUGAGUAGUAUCACGCAGUGAGACCUGAUUGUAUGGAAUACGAAGCCAAAUAUAAUUCUUAUUAGUCAACCAGUUCAGGUUUGGAUACAGAUGUGGAUACAAAACCAUGUUUAGUUCGGGUUCACGUCUAAAGAGAGAUGGCAGAGGGCAGAAUGCCUUCUCAAUCACACGGACUGUUCGUUUUUUUCCAAAUCAGUUAUUUUUGGUUUUGUGCCUCGUCGAGAUUGUUUUUGGGCAGAUUCGAUAUUCUAUCCCCGAGGAGUCGAAAAAGGGUUCGUUUGUGGGUAACAUAGCUCAGGAUUUGGGAAUCGACCCGAAAAGAAUGAAAUCCGGCAGUGCACGAAUUGUAAGCAGCGACAGCAGUGAGUACAUUGAACUACAUUUAGACAAAGGGAUUCUGGUUGUCAGAGAGAGGAUAGACAGAGAACAGCUAUGCGGGCAAACGACCCCGUGUAGUUUAAGCUUUGAAAUGAUAAUGUCGAAUCCGAUGCAGCUGCACAGUGUUGUGGUGGAAAUACUAGAUGUGAAUGACAACGCUCCGCGCUUUACCGAGAAUGAGAUUAAAUUAGAAAUUUCUGAAUCAGCUCUACCGGGUUCUCGCAUUUUACAAGAGAGCGCCACAGAUCCCGAUGUCGGCAUCAAUGCGCUGCACAGCUAUACAUUAAACCCAACUAAUCAUUUUAAUAUGAAAACCCAGACCAGCCCAGAUGGAACUAAAUACGUGGAAAUGUUUCUGCACACGCCUUUAGACCGAGAGAAAGAGGAUAGCUUGGUACUAACACUGACUGCAGUGGAUGGCGGCGAGCCGCAGAGGUCUGGCACGGUUAGAAUAGUCAUUUUGGUUCUUGAUUCUAACGACAACGUACCAGUUUUUACACAGUCUGUAUAUAAAGCAGAAAUAAUUGAAAACGCACACCAAGGCACUCUGGUAACGGCUGUGAGUGCAGCGGACGCAGACGAUGGUUUGUACGGUCACGUGACGUAUCAUUUUGCUCGCGUUUCACCUGAGAUUGCAGAACUCUUUUCAAUAGACGAGAACAACGGCGCAAUAACAGUGAUGGGACACAUUGAUUAUGAAAAGAACAAACAAUAUGAGCUCAACAUACAAGCGAAAGACCAAGGGGGGCUUAUGGAUUCAACAAAAGUAAUUAUUGAAGUAAUUGAUGUCAACGACAAUGCCCCUGUGCUAGCGGUUACCUCGUUCUCCAGUCCUAUCUCAGAAGACUCUAUGAGCGGCACGACUGUAGCCAUCGUUAAUGUCAAAGAUCCAGAUUCGGGUAUGAAUGGACAAAUAGACUGUUCGAUCAAUACAAACGUCCCAUUUACAAUUAAGUCUACUUUAAAAAACUAUUAUACUCUUCUGACUGAGGGCGCGUUGGACAGGGAGCGCAAUGGAGAAUAUAAUAUCACAUUUACAGCUGUGGAUAAAGGGACACCUUCUCUUUCCAGCAACAAAACCAUCACUCUAAAAAUAUCAGAUGUGAACGAUAAUGCGCCUGUUUUUGAGCACAGCUCCUACGCUGCCCACGUGAUGGAAAACAAUGUGCCAGGGUUGUCCGUAUUUUCUGUGCGAGCGCGUGAUUCUGAUUGGAAUCAGAAUGCUCGCAUAUCCUACUUCCUAGUAGAGUCUGUGGUCGGUGGAAUUCCGGUGUCAUCCUUCAUUUCUGUGAAUUCAGAGAGCGGAGCCAUCCAUGCCGUGCGUUCUUUCGACUACGAGCAGAUAAAGGGUUUCCAGUUCCGCGUAAAAGCGCAAGACGGAGGCUCGCCUCCACUGAGUAGUAACGUGACGGUUGCAGUCAUUAUCCAAGACCAAAACGAUAACGCCCCUCAGAUUCUCUACCCGGUACAGACUGCUGUCUCAGCUGAAAUUGUGCCUCCUUCAGCAGAGGUUGGCUUCAUUGUCACUAAAGUUGUCGCUGUUGAUGUCGACUCCGGACAGAAUGCUUGGCUCUCAUAUAAACUGCUUAAAGCCACAGAUAGGGCGCUGUUUGAAGUGGGCUCACAGAAUGGAGAAAUAAGAACUUUACGUCAGGUCACUGAUAAAGAUGCUGUGAAGCAAAGGCUUACUGUUGUAGUGGAAGAUAACGGGCGGCCCUCUCUCUCGGCUACAGUGAAUGUGAACGUGGCACUGGCGGAUAGCUUCCCAGAAGUGUUGUCUGAAUUCACGGACUUUACGCAGGACAGGAAUUACAACGACAACCUCACUUUUUAUUUAGUCAUGGCCUUAGCUGUUGUUUCCUUCCUCUUUAUUUCAUCCUUAGUUGUAAUAAUAUCAGUAAAAAUCUACAGAUGGCGACAAUCCCGCAUCUUCUAUCAAUCCAAUCUACCAGUUAUCCCGUAUUAUCCACCCCGUUACGCAGACUCGGUUGGAAGUGCAGGAACUCUACAGCACGUCUACAAUUACGAAGUGUGCAGAACGACUGACUCUAGAAAGAGUGACUGUAAGUUUAUGAGACCCUGCAGUCAGAGCGUUUUAGCAGUGGACCCCAGCGGUGCAGAGACAAUGCAGCGCGUGCAGAAAGAGACAAACAUCCUGGACGAGCCGGACUCGCCAUUACAGGUGAGACAAUUUUUUAAAAGAUUUAUUUACUUCCAUGGGUAUAUUUUAUGGACGGACUUUUUGUCCCAUUUAGGCUUACGCAACUAUACAAGGGUGCACACAGUAAACAUGCAUUGUAUUGUAUAUCAAACCUCCAAUAUGCUGAUGUGUUGGUGA